CUUCGCCGGCCGCCGGGCAGCGAGGCGCGGUGAGUCAGAGCGCACAGUAAAUAUUUGUAUUAGCCGGGGCCGGCUCGCUAAUGGUGGACGCGUGAGGCGAGGCGCGAGCGCGCAGGGAGGCCGGAGCGGGCUGCGCGGCGGCGCCAUGUCCGUGAACAUGGACGAGCUCAAACACCAGGUGAUGAUCAACCAGUUCGUGCUGACGGCGGGCUGUGCGGCCGACCAGGCGAAGCAACUGCUGCAGGCGGCCCACUGGCAGUUCGAGACAGCUCUCAGCGCCUUUUUCCAGGAGACCAACAUCCCCUACAGCCACCACCACCAGAUGAUGUGCACUCCCGCCAACACCCCUGCCACGCCCCCCAACUUCCCUGAUGCCCUCACCAUGUUCUCCCGUCUCAAGGCCUCUGAAAGCUUCCACAGUGGUGGCAGCAGCGGCAGCCCAAUGGCCACGUCGGCCACGUCACCCCCACCGCACUUCCCCCCUGCCACUGGCAGCUUUGCAACACCCAGCUGGCCAACUGCAGCCUCGCCCCCAGGAGGCCCACAGCACCACCAAUCGCAGCCGCCCCUGUGGACUCCGGCACCCCCUUCCCCAGCUUCAGACUGGCCUCCUCUGGCCCCCCAACAGGCCACCUCAGAACCAAGGGCCCACCCUGCCAUGGAGGCAGAGAGAUAAGGGAGGCCCCUCCCCCCUCCCGGAGGCCAGGGCCCCGUGGGGUGGGGGAGAGGAUGUCUCUGUGGGCCCCUUCACCCCUCCUCUGUCUGCACCCACAUACCCCAGAGCCCUGGAGGGGAGAGACUGGACUCCAGUCAGGCAGUCCUGUGCCAGCAUGCACAGCUGCACACACGCAAGUUCACAGCACAGGAACCCCCAGCUCGCAUGGAUUUGACUCAAAAGUGGCUUGGGUGCCUGGUGGGCAGCGCCUUGGAGACCAACCAAGCAGCCAUCCCAACGAAGACUCACCUGCCUGGCCCCACCACCUGGAGUGUUUCAGAGAAUCACUUGGUGGCGGAGAUGUGGCUGACUCCUGUCUUGAGGCCAGUAGGCCUAGAUCCCCACCCUUGGGAAUGCAGAGCCUUCUCCGCAUGUGUGCGUGUAGCUGUGUCUAUGUAUUUAUACGUGUGUCGCUCUUCAAAAGCAACCUAGUUAUGGGGCAGCUGGACUUUGCAUGUUAGAGUGAGCCCCAAGCCCCUUGGCCCACCACCCCCUCUUCUCAAGGGCCCUUCUGUGCUCCACCUCAUCUGCCAGCAUUGCUGUUUCCUGCAAAGGAUUAUGGGAAACUCCAGGACUCUUCUGCCCAUCCCUCAGCGCCUGCCUGCUGGGGUUCCCUGCAUGCCCCUUCCCCAGAGCCCAGGGGUACCUGAUCCCAAUUUCCUAUCCUCCUUUUAACAAAAGAAAAAAGAAUUUCAACCUAC